UAACCAAUCCCAACUUGUCUUUCCCCAUAACUGAUCCCUUCCAUUCCCUUUAUCAGCUUAGUUGCUCUUCUCUGCCCCAUUUAAUACAGGACAAUACCUUGCUGCCCUUUCCUGCUGCUGACAUAAGCAGCACCCCCAUAAGUUUGUACUCUUGGGGGGGCACAAUGUACAGGUCUGUCCCAGUGACAGUAAAUAAUAGGACAUUACAUAACCGACAGUUCUCUGGCCGUCCCAGUAGGAAUGCAGCUGAUAUGAGGAAUGACACUGCUGUACAGUCAGUUAUGAGAAGCAGUCCUAAGGGGCGGGGCCAAAUAUAAUUCCGAGGUUCAGCUCUGUGACUGGUUGGUUCCAGUUGGCACAAACACACCCUAGGAAUGGCCUGAAUCUCAGCUCUGGACUGGAACAUCCAGUGUCACAUAGAACUCACCUUUCCCCAGGUGCAGGGACUCACACAGGUGUAGCUACAGAGACACUCACUGUGAGACACACACCAUGAGAGACAGCACAACAUGAAAGAGACACCACACAGGGGACAUAGUCAUUCCUGAUUAUAUUGGGGGUUGGGGUUCCAGUUUUGGAGGUUAGAAUUUGGGGGUACAAAUCUCAUUCCCAAUCAGAAGACACAUCAGGAAACAAUAUACUAAAUCUGUGAAGCAGAACUUCCAGGAGAAUGGACUUACCCGCCAGAACCUGAGAGAAUUCGGGGAGUAAGAGAGCGAGACCCACUACCGCCAGGACGAGACACCUCCAGAUCCUGCUGUGAGACAGACCUGCACUAGACAAGAUGGUGUCCCAGCUGGUGAUGAGGGGGAUCCACCGCACGGCUAUGACCUUCGGGAUGGCGUUCCUGCUGGGGGGCGUUGUGAUUCUCACCAUUUCUGACCGAAUGUUCAUUUUGGGGGCCUGUUUGUUGGGGCUCGGCAGCCUGGUGGUGAUUGGCUCUUUCCUGGUCACCGUGUCGUCCUGCGUGAGGAAGAGGAGGAGGAACGACGAUGAGGAGGAGGGGGGAGCACAGGCCCAAGCCCAGGGCACAGGACAGACUCACAUGGACCCUGCCCACUACGAUGCCCCCCGCUAUGAGGACGUGAUGGUUCAUGGCCCUGCGACCGUCUGGACUGUGACAAUUGGGCCGGUGCCGGAUAUUGAGCCCCCCCCAUACAGUGACAUCACCAGUGGGAAGGUGGAGCCCGUGGGGGGGAUCCGGGUGCAGCGCCCCACCAUGCUGAGAAUCAGCUCUGACAUCCAUGAAUUUAAGAACAAUGGGGGGAUCCUGGAGGAACGCUGGCCGGAGCCCCUCACCCCCCCACCAGAUUACACUGAGGCCGAGAUGCAGUGGGAGGAGGAUUUUCAGCAAACGACAUAUGAACAGAGUGCAAGCUCCGCAGGACAGAGGGAAACUCUGCAGUGAUUGAGUGCAAGCUCCGCAGGACAGAGGGGAGCUCCGCAGUGAUUGAGCGCAAGCUCCGCAGGACAAACACAAGGCUCCGCAGGACUGGCCAAGGAUUAUUGCUCUGCAGUAACAGAAAGACUUGGACACAAGGAACUAGUGAGACAGACAAGGGCAAAGUGCAAUGCUCUGCAGAUGUAGAAGAAAUGCUCUGCUGGGUUCCUGCAGCAAUAAAUACAAAGUGCAGGUUCUGAACUAUAGAUAUGGGGAAUACUCUGCAGAGGGUGAGGGUCUGUAGGAAGAAAUGCUCUGCUGGGUUCUUGCAGAAAUAAAUACAAAACGGAGGGUUCUAAACAUUAACCCCUCUGUAGCCAGAGCUGCUACAUUGCUCAUCUCCUGGGGCGGGGGUUAAUAUUUCUGAUCACAAAUGACCCCCCUUUUUCUACUGAUGCACUUUGGCAGCACUUUAAUAUUAACCCUUGAAUAAGUGGUCAGCAGACGGGUUUCAUAACGUUCUACUUUGCGCUGAACACUUUUACAUAACAGCAGAUGGAAUGGACGGACUGGAUUUAUACUGUGUCAGACUUGUGCUUUAGGCUACAGUGAGUAAGGGGUUAAACAUAUGCAGAGGACCAGCCUGGGGGCCAAUCAGGGAAUGUCAGGGGUGCACAUUAUUUAUUACAAUAAAAACUCCACAUGGUUCUUACAUUUUCA